AUGGAAUCGGGUGCUUACCCAGUUGGUUACCGAUUUCAUCCUACAGACCUGGAAUUGGUGGCUUACUACCUCCACAACUGGGUUGCCAUGGUUGAUCAGUUUCGCUUGAGUCCAAUCUUUGAUUUUCCUGAUUUCUAUGGCAAAAAUGAGCCCUGCCUCAUUUGGGACAUGUUCCAUGCCCAAUCCAAUAGUACUAUGAAGGAGGAGGAGGAAGAACCUCUAUAUUUCUUCACUCAUCACAAGAAAUUGAAUCCCAAAGCAAAAAAAUUUGAUAGGAAAGUGGGAUCGGGAACAUGGAGUGCCCAGUAUUCAAAAAAUGUUGUUGCUGCUGAUGAUAGUGUUGUUGGACUUAAGAGAGAAUUUUGGUAUGAGGGUGGAUCUGAUCCACAUCAAAAUGGGGCUUGGUUGAUGUAG